UAUUGAUUAUUAAACAGUUUCAUUAUUAAGUCAAUUGUUCGAGUUUUUUUGGCCUAAUCUUUUAAAGAACUAAACGAACGAAACUGAAGAAUGGCCACACUUCGUUCUUCACAAAAAGAAAACACUUUUUAUAUACCCCUGAACGAAGAAAUGAAAGAAAUAGUAUGCAGUAUUUGCCGAUCUGCUUUCAAAAAUCCAGUAAAAUGUUCUUGUGGCCAUACUUAUUGCCGAAGUUGUAUCAUUGUGUGGCUAUCUCAUAACGAAUCCUGCCCGAUUUGUAGAAAGAAAACCGAUGUUUCAGAUCUAAAAUCUAUGUUAUUCGAUACUCGUAACACGGGUAAAUUUAUUAUUAGUUAUCCUGACAAUGAUGAAGAAAGAGAUGAAACUGUACUCGAAGUACUCAACCCUUCUUUACCAAAUUCGCAAAUAUAUGGACCUGACAGAAGAAUUAAAAAAAUAUACCAGUUAUCCAUACAAAACAGCGAAAACUAUAUUAAUCAAAUAAAAGAUCUUCAGGAAGCAUCGGAAAUUAGUAAAGAUGUUAUCGAAGAUUUAUGUAAUCAACUAGAAAAUUAUGAAAAAAAUGCAUCGAAAAUUAAAUCCGAACUUGAAAGCGUGAAAGGAGCUGCUGCAAUAUUGAAAAGCGAACGAGAAAUUUACAAAAAUAAAGAAAUCGAAGCCAGAAAAGAAUUACAGCUAGUAAAUAACGUAAACAAAGCACUGAAAAAUGAAGUAAAACUGUACCAAAAUGAAAUUGAAAUUUAUAAAAAUAGUGAACUGGAGAUAAGAAAAGAACUGGAUAAAGAAAAAAUUAACGUAGAAAAGCUGAAAAAUGAGAUAGAAAAAUUGAAGAAUACAGAAAAUCUAGUGGAAGAACAACUAAAAACGGAAAUAAAUAUUAACAACAACCAAAGAACCGAAUUGGAAAUUUAUAAGAACAGAAUUAAAAUUUAUAAAAACGAAUUGGAAGUUUAUGAAAAUGAAAUGAUGAUUUAUGAGAAUAAAAUAAAUGAAAAGGAGGAUAUGGCACAUGAUAAAAUAUUACAAUCAACAAUGCCAUUAUACAUCAGUAUAAUUGCCUGUAUUGUUUUUCCCUCUGUAUUUGGCAUCCUGAGAGCUUUUAUUUAAUUUUUUCAAGCAAGAGUCAAAAAUGAUAAACUUAUACUUUAAAAUCAGUUUAUUUUUAUGAAUUUUUUUUUACUAAAUCGAAUUUUUCCUUUCACAACAAAA